AUGUACGAGCAGCUGUCCGUGUACGGCUAUAGUGGCUCGCUGGUAUCGGACGACAAGAGUGCCCUGGAAGAAGAGCCGAAUCCGCGGACGCAGUGGCCUGGAAACAAGAUCGUGGUGCUGAGCGCGGACACGUCGUACCUUACGCGCCCUGCUGCGUUCGGGCCGGACAAGACCGACGACGACGGCCUGUGGGGCCGCCUUUUGCCCAUCCGCCUCUUUUACGGGACGCCUGACGCGGACGGCGUCACGCCGAACACGGGAUGCCUGAGCGACAAGGCGCGUGGCGAGUCUUUGGGCCUGCGGGGACAGGUCCAGCACCUGCUGGGCGACCGCAAGCGGCGCCCGCCCAAGAACUGGAUUGCGCUGGUCGAGCGCGGGGGCGACUGCACCUUUACGGAAAAGGUGCGCCUCGCGCAAGGCCUCGGCGCAAUUGCCGUGAUUGUCGGCGACGCCAAGUACGACGAAGACUCGGCGAUCCAGCGGCUCGUGAACCUGCGCGACAUUCCGUGGGACAGCGAUGACCUCGAUCAGGGCGAGACGCGUCCGAUUACCAUGUUCCCUGACGGGGACGCAGACGAUAUCGUCAUCCCCUCCUGCUUUGUGAUCCGCAGCAGCUACUUGGAGCUCCUGGAGCUCGUUCACGAGUCGCUCACGCAGCCAUCAGGCCUGCUGCGCCGCAACGAAGAAGGCCUCGAAGUCGGCCUCUUUCUGGACCGGUCGCUGCCGGACCUGUCCGCGCUGGACCUCGGCAUGCUCCUCCUCUUUUUGCCGUCGAUCUUUACUGUGGUCUUUAUUGUGGUGCAGCACGUGAAAGGGAUCGUGAAGCGCUUCCGUGAACGUGCCUCGCUCCGGGCCGUGCGCAAUCUGCCGUGCUACGCGUGGCAUGCCGACCGGCCGUGGGAACGUGUCGAGAUCGCCGAUGAGCCGCCGACAAAAGGCGCCGGAAUCCAGGUGUACAUCUCCUACUACCUGUCUCGCGCGAUGCACUGGGCCAUGGCGCGCUUGCCCGGCCAGCGCUUUGCGUACGCGCCUGUGCCGGAGCAGCCGUCGGCCGUGGCGCUCGAAGAGCAGCCCGAAGGCAGCGCCGAGCACGCCCCUCUCCCCGUGAAUACCGCCCCCGCUCCGCCUGGCGUGUCUGCUGCGCUGGAUGUGCGCCGCUAUGCACAGGACGUGUGCCCGAUUUGCCUCUCCGAGUUCCUCGAAGGCGACCGCGUGCGUGUCCUGCCCUGUGGCCACGUCUUUCAUCAAGACGAAAUCGAUGAUUGGCUCACGGGUACACGCCGCUUGUGCCCUACCUGCAAGCGUGAUAUUCUUGCCCUGUAA